AUGUUGCUAUCGUAUCAAGCUGGCAGCGUUCGUGUCGGAGAAGUAGUUAGGUACACAUUAUCUUAUACCCCAGCAACCGAUCCCAUUUACCCGCCCCCAGAAGAGCUUUAUGUGAGAGUUAGGAAUACGUCUGCGAUUCCGUUACGGGCUGCCUACCUGCAUGGCCCAUAUACUCUCUAUGCCGCUUGUUAUCCAUCGACGUUCGACCCCAAUGUCGCAUACAGUCGGAAGGAUACCGAGGGGAGUCCUCAGUUUGAGCCCUACCUUAAGGCCGGGGGGAGCUGGGAUGCGACCAUUACCAUCCCGCAACGUAUCCGUCAAACACCCACGGAGCUCGCCUCUGCAGACCCUGGGAGUCAUCAAAGCGUGACCUGGGUUAUAGAGAUAGUAUCUCAAGUGAUUUUCUCUGGUACUGCAGCCGUCAAUUUUGAAGUCAUAGUCGGCCGUGAUGAGAAAUCAGUCCAAUUUCUCUCUGCAGGUGGUGUAUCGAGUGCUGGGUUGCCUCGGCCAGGCCAAUUACACGACCAUUGGUCACCUAACACUAGAGGACAGCAAGUGCUAGCUGCUACAGGUGUAUACUCGAAAUCCAUUACACUGCGUAUUGAUAAUACCGCCAGCCUUUGGAACAGCCCUCCUUUUCCGUCUUUUGGAGACGAAGCCAAAUCGAAAUUGCAAGAUUCACAAGCUGCUACCGAGACAUCGAAUACCCAACACAAAACCACUGCGCAAAAAGAGGAUCUCAAAAAAGAGAAAAAGAAAAAAGUCCACCUUGUUGUAAUAACUCAUGGGCUGCACAGCAAUCUUGGAGCAGAUAUGCUCUAUCUAAAGGAGAGUAUCGAUAUCGCUGCCAAAAGGGCUCGGGAGCAGGCGAAAAAGGACCGCCAGAACGCUAACUCUGAUUCAGCAAGGCCAGGAUCAAAUUUUGCGGACGAUGUCGAUGAAGAUGACGAACAAGUCAUCGUCAGGGGGUUUUUUGGGAAUGCUGUUCGAACUGAACGCGGUAUACAGUACCUCGGAAAGCGCCUUGCGAAAUACGUUUUGUUGAUGACCUAUCCUGAUCAACCCUAUUUCCCACUUAAAACUUCCAAAGCGAAACCAUUUUCUAACCCUCUGACUGCGCUGAAAACCACAGAAGAACAUUCUGCGAGCGGGGCGUCUGUUACUGGUGUCCAUGAGCAAGGGCCGGAUCAAGAAGAUCAUGCUUACCGGUUUACGAGCAUCAGCUUCAUCGGGCACUCCCUUGGCGGGCUUAUUCAGACGUAUGCUAUCGCGUAUAUCCAGAAGUAUUCGCCCCAAUUCUUUGAUCAUAUCCGACCUAUCAAUUUCAUAGCCUUGGCCACUCCUUUUCUGGGGCUCAGCAAUGAAAACCCUGUGUAUGUUCGGUUCGCCUUAGACCUGGGACUUGUAGGUCGAACAGGUCAAGAUUUGGGUUUGAGCUGGACGGCUCCGAAAGUGAGAAGUGGCUGGGGUGCCAUAAUUGGUGGCAGGGGCGAAGCCGUAAAGCCACAAGAACAUUCAGAUCCCGGAUCCAAGCCACUGCUGAGGAUCCUUCCCUGUGGACCAGCACAUGAAGUACUCGCAAAAUUUCAGCAUCGGACCGUAUAUUCUAACGUGGUUAAUGAUGGAAUCGUUCCACUACGAACGUCGUCCUUACUGUUUCUCGAUUGGAAAGGAUUAGAUCGAGUCGAGAAGGCUAGAAGAGACAAUGGCCUGGUUGGGACAAUGGCUGAAUGGGGCUGGGCAGAGUUGACUGGUGCAAACUCCAAAUCGCCUAGACCUAUCCAUCCUACAUUGAGCACCGCACAUGCAAAUGCCACUGAAAAUACACAUUCCGCGGCAUUAUCCCAGCGACAAAAUGAACAUGGAAAAUUUCCAACUGAAACGCCAUAUCAAACUUUGAGGCAGCAGGAGUCAGAGCAGCAUGACUUAGAAUCUCGUGAUGUGCGUUUGGACUUGACGCCCAAGGUUGACCCAUCACAAAACUCGUUCGGCCCAUUGAAUAGUCUCAUGUCCCUAUUUCGGCCAAAAGACUCAUCAAAAACCGCGACUGGGCAUAAACAAACAAAGAUCUACAAGCGCAGCCAAACUCUUCGUACAGAUGACCAGUCAAUUGAAGCGCAGUCGCCUACUAGAUCACACCACCCAGAAGCGCCGCCUCACAGCAUGUCGCACGAAGGAGACGGGUUGUACACGCCUCCCAAAACUACAUUUUUCGAGUCAGCUAGCGAUUUGCUUAUGCCACCGCUCCCGCCAGUGGAGUUCAUACUCGACCCUGCUUCGAGGCCGCGUACCAUAUUUCAUGACAGAAUCUACCAUCCUGAGGACAUACCAGCACCGCUGCCCGUCAAGCGACGAACAUUACCGUUUAGUUCACCCCAAACCAGAAGUUCGAACGCACAACAUCAAUCGUCAGUAGAGUCGCAUCAUAGCUCACAUCAGGGUAAGGAUGAGUCUGAGAGUGGCCUCCGCGUUGAGGAAAAGAUCGCACGGGCGUACCACCGGGGGCUGUCAUGGCGCAAAGUCCUCGUCCGUCUAGAACCCGAUGCACAUAAUAAUAUCAUUGUCCGGCGAAUGUUCACAAAUGCGUAUGGUUGGCCGGUAGUCAAGCAUCUUGUCGAUACUCAUUUCGCAUAUACUUCAGCGGCACAGUCAAACGAUGUUUUGGAAGGAGGCAUGGAUAGAGCGAAACCGCCUAUGAUAAAGACAACCCAUUCAGGUAACGAGGUCAAAGGACAGACAGAUAGACCUUCCCAGGAGGGCGCAUGUUACGGCACGGGCAAUUCUGGCACCCUGUGCGAGGUCACUAACAGCAACACCCUAAAUGACCCUUCGCAAUCCUUGGGUUCCCAUUACGCUUAUCGAGAAAGAAUGAGUGCAGGUUCAAUGCCGGAAUAUCUGGAUGGGGCAUCUAGCGCGUCAAUUGCACCAAGACCAGAUUCAACCACUGAUGAGGAUGAGGAUGAGGAUGACCCUGAAUUUCGAAAUAGCACAAAGACUACCAGACAGCAUCCAGGGGAGAUAUAA